GUGCUGAAAUGCAGGCAUGAUUACAGCGAUGCGUUUUCUCUUGCUUGGUUCCUGGAUUUUUUUGGCGGAGUGAGCCCUCUGAGUGUCCCCCUCCUCUCUGGCAGUACGUGCGGGUUGUGUAACGGUGGGAGCGACGGCUCGGUCCCCGCCCUGCUCCUUUAAAUACCCGUAACGGGGUCAGUACAGCAGACAGACAGUGGGAUGUGCUGAUAUCUGCUUCUUUCAGCGUGGGUACUCUAACCGUGUAUCUGGUGUUCGUGCUGCGUCAUGGAGCUGGACCGGCGACUACUGCUGGCGCACUGCACGGCUCACGCCCUCUCGGUAGCGGCGGGCUUGCUGGUGGUGGUCCCGAUGGCUCUGAACGGUUCCGCUUUCAAAGGCCGCUGCGCCCUCUUUUCCAGUGGAUACUGGUGGAUGAAUAAGCGGGUGGAGCCGACUGGCACGAUGAGAGUCGUGGAUCACCUGGUGGUGCAGCACUGGGGGCCGCCGUUUGCCACUUUUAUGGGCAUUUUCACCGUGAUGUACGUGGUUGCGUAGGGCUGGAGGUGCCUCUUCUAUCUGCACAAAAAACAUUACGACACUCUGUUUUCGUCCUUCCUCACGGUCCUGCUGAGCGUGUGCGUGUUCUUCCUGUCUGGAGGAGCCAGUGUCAUCUUGUCACUAGGACUCAGCUCCUGGUGCGACGUUGUGACAGAAAACGACACACAGCCAUUCAGCUGUGCAGAGUCCCAUCUGGAUGUGGACACUUCAUCUUUCUUCACAGAGCUCAGUCUGGCGCAGGCGUCGCUGUGGCUUGUGACGGCUCUGUGGCUGGUUCACUCCAUCCUGGCUUUCCUGCGGCUCUACCACUCUCACAGCCAGCACAUCAGCGGGCCCUGUCUGCACCGGGAGAAGGAGAUGCUGCUGGGAAACAGUCCAUCAGACAGCGGCUCUCCCUCGCCUCCUCCUGUGACACCCAUCCUCUUAGUCUAACCCAGAGUGUGUGAGGUACUGACAGAAGAAGCCUCCAGUAUUCACAUUUAAAACUCAGUUUGUUCAUGUCUCGAUCGAUGAUGUCAACUCCGCGGUACAUGAGCCUGACCAAGGAAUCCAUCAGGUGUAAUAUUAAUCAACCAACAAAAGAACGCAGUACAGAAAUUCCAAAGAUACCAUAGAAAGAGUUCAGGCUUAAAUUAGAUAUGUCUGUAAUGCAUGUUACCUUUUUAAAAACAUUGGCUGAUCUGUGUUGUCCUUAAAUAUUAAUUAUCAAGUAAUUUAUCUUAUUUAAUGGCUUAAUGUUAUUUAACAGCUUAGUAUCAUCACUAAUAUCGGUGAAAUCAUGCCUACUGCAUUUUAAAGGUUUUUCCACAAUCUUUAAAACCUCUUUUAACCACUUGGAUUAUUUUUUUUUAUUAUACGACAAACAAAUUCACAGGAAAAAGAGGAAAUAAGAAAUCCUAUAAUAAUUCAAUAAAUACAAAAUCUUUCACAUAUUUGAAAAGGGUCCUCAGACCUGUUGAAACACCCACUGCAGUGUCAACGUUGGCAGAUAAGUCCAAAUUAAAUUCAGUAUUAAAAAUAAUACAAGUGAUUCAUAAAUUUUAACAGGAACUGCACACAAUGUGUUUUUUGUCUGGAUUCACUUUAGUGCAGACAUAUAGAAUACAAGUCAUAGUUAUUUUGAGGUAUUUAUACUCCAUCUUGUUGCCUUGCAAGAUAAAAAGAAAUGCACAGAUGGAUGUAACUGACAGUAAUGCAUUUUAAUUUUGGCUAAACAGGCUGUUUUGAGCUUGUGAUUUUGCCAGGUUUAAAGGAGAGCUGCUUUUGAGACACUAUAAAUUCUGACUGUAAGCUCGACAUAAGCUUUCUGACCUUAGUCUCACUUCAUAGUACAAUCCUGAGGUGAUGGGAUUGAGUACAACUCUAUGGAUCUGCUCAAACUGUGGCUGUAAUGUGAGGGACUUGCUGCCCAAUCAUGGCUUACAAACCCUAAAAUAACACGGAAAAUUCUUUUUUUUUAGGAAUUGAAAGUUUUGAAAACACGUGAACUUUAUUGAUUCACCGAUUCAUUUAUGAGCAUUAAUAUAAUUUCAGUAAAAGGGAUCUGCACGCUGAAUGUCUUGUGAUCAAAGGUUUUGAUUGGAGAUGAAAUGUGUUUGCAAUGAUGUCAGGGACGUUUGUACUGAAGGAUUUUAUAGAUUCAAAAUAUACCAGUUACUGAAGAAUACAGUUGUUGUGUCAAAUCCAACAUUGAAGACAUUUAUGGGCAAAAACAUUUCCUUAAUAAGUGAUAAGAUAGGAACAUGCAGUCUGUAGGUCCACAGAGUUGGUCUGUAGUGGGACUAAACUUAUCUGCCUUCAAACAAAAAGGGAUUUCACAGCUGAAGCACAUUAUAACAAUAACCAGUGUUGUUGCUUAUUUUUGUCUUUUCACCGCAUUUUCGUGAGUCACUGUUCAUUCACAUCAUUGAUGACACCACAAGCAGCCAGCCUGGUGUUUGUUCCAAGUACAUUUACAAUGCAUGGUUGUUUGCGUUUCUGCAGGAGCUCGACAUUUUGCACAGUCGUGUCCUCAUCAGGGAGAAUUCGUUGUAUUGUCCUGAGUGUAAUAUUCGGAUGCUUUCAUCGUGAAGCAUGUGGCGAGAGCGUGACUGAGCCACCGUGUUCGUGUAACAGGCUCACUGUGUGAGCAUGACCUGAAUGUUCUGUUGUGUAUUGGGAAAAUCUCUGCCGGCCUCUCAUCUUGUGACGAUUUCUGUCAUGAUGCUGUUUGCGUGGAGGCGGCUGCUCUCGGACCGUCAGUGAAGCAGUCAAAUCCUCUCAGACGAUCCACGUAGAGUUUAAUUAGCAGGAAAACUCUGAUUUGUGACUUUUUGAGACAGAUUUAUGUGGAGCCCAGUGGGGUUGAUAUGAAGUCGUCGUUGCACUUCUGUCAACCCGAGCAGCUGUAAUGACACGCAGACAGCAGAGGUGGAAAUCUGAGGUAAAGAGGCGGCUUUGUGAUGUAUUAAAUGUUUUUGUAUGCUGAACAUUGUCCUGCUUUUUACCUCUGAAAACCGUUUGUGCUCAUUCACACUUGCGUUUUUGCAUUGUUGUUGUUUACAAAUAAAAAAGUCAUUAUAAGAGAA